UUCCUUGUCCCAUUGGUCUCCCUUGACUACUGAUUUAGUUUGCAUCAAGUGGACACUACCAACCUCAGGAAUGGCACUACUCCCACACCCACAAUGCCAUUUUGGGCCCAUUUGGAGAACUGAUGACUGAAGCUGACUUGAAUCGUAUUGAGAAGCUAAUUGAGAACCUGCAGGUGAUGCAUAAGGUGUCAGAAGUUGAGAAGGAACUGGAGGAACUAGAACGAGAACUUCACCAGCUCCUGCCAGUUUCUGCUGCUUUAAGUCAGGAGUACUUCUCUGUCAAUCCAAAGCAAGUCCAUGGUCAAGCUGAAGAUCUCCCAGCUUGGUGCAGCAAGAUCUCAACCCUGCUUAAGAGCAUGGCAAUUCUGCUGGCUACCCUUGGAGGAAAAGAGAUAGAUGUCUUAGACAUUAUAUUUCCUGGAUAUUCCCAAGAAGGAGCAAAAACAACAAGCACAGGCCCAUCUCAGAUAUCUUCUAACUCUGGAGUUAUUGGACGUUCUCAAUCCUUCUCCACUAGAGAAGAAGUGGAAAAGGAAAUCAAGCAAUGUGGCGUUUCGGUGAAGAACCUUAAGGCUAAUUAUGAAAUUCAGAAUCAGGCUCAGUCCACAGAUGGUCAUGCUAACAGGGUUUACAUGCGCAAAAGGUCACUUCCUGUGGUAUGCGAGUCUAGCUUUUGUCUAGAGGAUGGUUUACCUUGCUCCUCAGCAUCAGUCCUUGACUUCAACUCCAAUGGACAUUUACCUCCAGUGGAAGAAACUGUCUUACCACUUGUUGGAGAACCAGUUAUCAUUGCUACUCAUGUUCCCAAGACGUAUGCUCCCUCAGACGCAAUGGCUCCAACAAAUAUUAAAGAGUUCAACCAGGUUCUUUCGUCUGACCCCAUUUUAAAUAGUGAUCAACUGACACGAAGCUUGGAGGUGCAGACAGACAUGAGCUAUGUCCAGGAGUGUGUUGAAAUGAGGAAAGAGAGAAUUGUUCUUCUAUUCCUUGAACACUGGCGAAAGUACACUAUCUCAGAAUCCUAUCGGACUAAAUAUACAGGCAGGAGGGGGAACAACUUGGAUGUUGGCUGUGAGGACUACAGCCAGUUAAGUACUCAAGUUGGCGGAGAAAUGCACAGUGAAGAUGACAAACUGAUCAUGUUCAUGAAGUCAAAGCAAGUCGUUGGGAAUCUGAUUGGCCACUGGAGAGUGAUCAUGAGCCAAGUGCCCACUCGUCAGAUCCGCAGGUUGAGUCGUGCCCAGAUGAUCUACUGGCCAGAGCAUUUCUUACCACACAUCAAUGGAUCAGCUGUGAGUUAUGAAAGUCUAACCCUUGAUCUUUUCAUGCUGGGCUACUUCCAGUUGCUGGAGAUGAACAUGUCUCGUAGUGAGAGGAAAUUCCGCCACCUCUUGUGCUAUGAGAUGUUUGACCGCCUUGGCAGCCAUAAAUGGGAGGUCAUAAGACAGUUUCAUAAGGAAGUCAUGAUGGGCAUUGAAAGUGGGAAACGGGACUGGGCAGAUGGCUUUGAGGAUAUAAAGCUGAAGUAUUUUGGCGACACUGAUAAUGGGGGUGGUGUGAUGACCGCUUCUCUACAGUCAGUGUCCCCCGAUAUGUCUACCAUGCCCAUGCAGGAAUCACUUACUCCCCCACCAUCUCAUUCUCUCCCUCCACCACCUUUGCAUCCAGCACCCCCUAUUGCACAGUCUACUGAACCAUCAUCAGCACCACAAGCUACUCCACCCACAACCCAUUCAAAUGUUUCUCCAUCACCAUCUUCUGCUGCUGCUCAGAACUGUGUGAUUGACACUGAUACCUCACUGGAGGGCAAUGCUCAGGAGAAGGACAAAUGUAAGGGGCAGAUGCCAUCAAAUGAGUCUGUGGAUUCUAAUGGAGCCAGUUUAGAGAAGGACCAAAUGCAGAACUCAACAACUGAAAGAGUACAACAAGCUGUGAUACCACAGGGCACAACAGAUGGUUCAGGGUCAGAUCCAGAGAAAGACAUUCCACGUGUUCGUGAUGAAAUCAGAGAGGAACAUCUUGUUGACAAAUCUCUACACAGAGAUGAGCCUAAUGAAGUUGCAAUUAAAGUGAUUUAUGAGUUAAAAGAGUUUAGCAAUGAGGAAAUCAUCCGGUACAUUGAUCGAAGCUUUGCUUUUUGGAAAGAAAAGGAAGCUGAACUUUUCGAUAUUUAACAUCAAACUGAGCUUUGUCUACAGGGUCUGCUAACUUCCACGCUGAGAUAGUAUCACACCUUUGUCACAUUUUCAUCACAGUGUCAUGAAAAGGAUAAGCUACUGACUUUUGCAGCUUCAUAAGCUUGAAUGAAAGCAUAUAUUCUGAAGUGUGUUAAACCAAAGUCUGGACUGAUUGCCAUCAUGUAUUGCUUAUUGGAAAUUGGAAAACAAAGGUAUAAAAGAAAAUAUUUGCCAUUCAAAAUUUCAUUUCUGUUAUUUUAAAUUAUGUUUACACCAGGGGUCACCAACCUGGUGCCCAUGUGCACUUAGGUGUCCCUAGGGACCACAUGAGGUGCCCACAGCAUCUUCUAAAAAUAGCAUAACUUACUAUAUCACUGACCGGAGGUUGUGUUUUUUUCUGUACUUUUUUCACAUUUGCAUUAACAGAUAUUUUAAAAUGUUAAAGUGGUUUAUUCUACUUUAAAAGUCAGAAUUGUGGGAUUGUAUCAAACUGGUAGCCUUUCAGCUCUCCGCUUAAAAAGGUUGGUGACCCCUGGUCUACACUUGGCAUAAAUUUGAGAAGAGUUUAGGCUUUUUGCUGUUAAACAGUCUUGCAGUCUUCAGACAGCAGGGACAAAUGUUGGAACCACAAUGGGUCAUUUUGGAAGCUUCUCACUGAUCAUCUCCAACAAUUUUAUUUUACCUUCAUUGAUAGUUUUACACUUACACAUGCUCCAUCAUUCUUCAGCUUUUCCAUUAGCACUCUUUCCCUACCUUUUGUUUAUGGGAUUUUUGUUAAAAUGGACCCAGAAAAUAGACCCAAAUGUAGUGGACAUUUGGGUCUAUUUUCUGGGUCCAUCCUGAUUGAGAAGUGGUUUCUAAUCUAAUACAUAUCAGGGAGGCUAUUGUUUUUUAUAUGAACUAUUCCUUCUCAUCCUGUCACAGCCACACUCACUGGAUGCCCACUGAGUGUGGCUGUGGCUUGGGGAAAGAGCAGGUUACUGCCAUCCAGAGGGUUACUGGUUCAACCCCAGUUUCUCCCACCAACUAAAGAACAACAAUGUAUCUGCUUUUCUGUCAGUAUUUGGUUUAAGGUGUUUAGCAGGCUGUUUAGAAAGGUUUCCAUUUGUGACAUCACAAACAGGGAAAUUGGACUAGAAUCACCCCUCACAUGUAAGAGAAAGGUGUUGCUGGAGGAGCAGCGGCUCUACUCUUAGCCCUUCUCAGAAAUCUGAGCUUCUCAGCUCAUAGCAGCUAGAGUGGGGGUUGGGUGGGCGUGGCCAGCUCCAGCUUGUUUGCUUAAAGUGACAGAAACCUGAAAGGGCUCAUUCUGGCAGGUUUGGAGAUUUUCAAGAAUUAAACUGCUGAGAUUGCUUUAUAUGACUGAUUUAGUUCAAUGAACCUCAUCAACAUGGUUUCAUAGACCGUAGAACUAUUAUGUCUCCACCUCCCUCAGCUGCAACUGUCUCAGAAUGUUCCCAUGAAUUCUCAGAGCCUUGCUCUCACAUGUUCAAAAACAUUUGCAAGACAAAUGUUCUCUCAGGAGUUACAAGCCUUGGGAAUCCAUCUCAAACUGACUUCUUUUCAGUUUUCUUGAGUUGGGAGAGGAUGGUAACUGAAAAGUAAACAAAAUGAUGACAAACUUAAAAAAAAAUCAAGACUUUUUGUGACUAAACUAGGGUGCGAAAAUAUGCAUAACAGUGAAAAUAUCUCAACAUUAUUACAUCCUAUUCCACAAAUUGUGGACGGUGCGAUGGUGGCACAGGAGUUAAGUGCUCGCCCCGUAAUCGGAAGGUUGCAGGUUCGAGCCCCGCUCAGUCUGUCGCUGUGUCCUUGGGCAAGACACUUAACCCACGUUGCCUGCUGGUGGUGGUCGGAGGGACCGGUGGCGCCAGUGCUCGGCAGCCUCGCCUCUGUCAGUGCGCCCCAGGGCAGCUGUGGCUACAUCGUAGCUCAUCCCCACCAGCGCGGCUGUGUCUGCAGCUCACCGCUCCCCCAGGGGAUGGGUCAAAUGCAGAGAACAAAUUUCGCACACACAUCAGUGUGUGUGACAACUAAUGGGACUUUAACUUUAACUUUAAAUGACCUGGUAACUUAUAAAACAUGCUGGAUCAGACCAGAGAAAUGCUCUUGAUACCAACUCUGAUGUUCUUACUUCACUUUUCAUUGGAUUGAAUGCAGUUGUUGAGGUUUACAAAUCAUAUAUGUAUUAAUAUUUGUGUAUAUACUGUGUGUCUUUGGGGAAAUAUCUUUUAAAACUCAAUUAUUGUACAUUUCUGAAUUUUCUUUAAGUCUGCAAAUGUUAUUGACCUUUCUUUAACGGUUUUAUUCUUUAAUUUGUGUUUUUGUUAUUUAAUUUGUUGAAAAUAAAGUUUGUAGACUUAUUGUGUUUGUAGGAUUUCAGUAGUUCUUUUCCACAUAUGAAACCAUUUUUAUACGUUUUAAAGAUACUGUUUCCAACAUUUGGACCUUCAAGCUACUUUCAAACCCAGAACUGUUGAAUGUGAAAUCCUUUGGUGUGCUGCCUCUAGCUGUAGAGAGCCAAUCUAUUCUCAUAGUGUCUAUUCUGUGGCAUCAAGAUUACCUUCAAAUAACCCUCUUAGUGCCUCCUGCUGUCAUUCUAUCUGUGGCUCACAGGCACCAUAAGGAGGUUACAGCGAAUCUUCAUCGCCUCACGGCUCAAAUGGAAGUCAGUCAAUUGGUAGAUUUAAAGCCUUUCACUUGACAGAUUUUAAUUUUGGUCCGACUCUGAGAAUAUAAAUAACGUUGUCAUGGGGAUUAGGUCAGCAAUGCCAUUCAGUAAACAGCAGAACUUGUUUAAUGCUGUCAAUGAAGGAAAUUUGACCAAAUAAAAGUCAAUUUUAUGGGAUUGAAGGCAACAAACUCAAUAAAUAGUAUUUUCUUUAAAAUAUUAUAAAAAUGUGCUGCAAAUCCUCCAAAAAAAGUUCUCAUUAUUGCUGUUCUCAAGAAUCCGAGGGGUCAGAUGUGGUGGGAAUUUUUAUUGUUAACACCAAAUAUAAUUGUCAUGAAAUUUGUGGCAGUGGGCUGUGAAAUCCAGAUUGGAGCCGUUUUACAAAGACCGAUGUCCACUUUGGGUUUGGCUGUCCUCAGACUAGCCAUUAGCUCAUCAGUCCUUUAUGAGAAAAAGUUAACAUGCUAAAUAUGUUAAUUUUUUUCUGGACUGAAAUUCCCAGGGGAAUCAUUAAAAAUUAACCACAAAGGUAAACUUAGUGAUCCGUGUCAGCAAGUGAAAUCCUUUGGUCAGAGGAAUGUAAAAAGGGUAAUGUAUCUGAGGCAAAGAUGAGAAACCCAAGCUGCUUGCUCUCUCUCUCCCUUCCUUCAGCUCUAGCUCCAGCUACUAACCCGAAAGAGGGAAAAGGAUCCAGUUACGUUUCCAGCCCAAUGAAAACAUCGUGUAAAACACCAGUCUGACCGCGUGAAAGCUUUCGGUUUAUCUCCAACAAACCAGGAGAACACAGAUUGUUGGCUUUUGUUUGCUUCUUUUUCCAAUUCGUACACCAGUUUCAACAAUGUACUUUGUUGGGUGUUGAGUCACAUUUGUCUCCUACAAAGAAUAUUUGUUUAAAAACUGACAUUUGAGAGUUUGAGUAAACAAAAAGGUUGGACUCGUGUUUCAUCACAGUUUCUCUCUGCAGGUGCUCGCCUGCUUUUUCACAAUGUGGUGAGGAUUUAUGAAGCACUGUGCAAACACAAAGACACCUCAGUAUCACUACUGACUCACUGUGAUAAAUGUAUUCUUACAGCCACUCCAGGGCAACAAUAACAUUAAUAUCUGUAACUUCUGUAUGUUUAAUUAACUGUAAAGAAUGAUUUUUUUAUUAAAAGGUGGAUGUUUUAUGAACUUUGGAGACUAUUUGAGGGGAUACAGCUGGGGUUUAUGCACUAGACUGACUGGUUUGGGUCCCCAUCUCUGCCCUCUCUGGACCCUUUUGUCUCC